GCCUGUUCAUUGUACUGAGUCAGCGGCCAUGCGCAAAUGGAUCCAGAGGAGGGCUGUGCUGUGUAGGCUGUAGUCUACAUAAAAUCUCUGCCUUCGGGGCUGCACACGCACUGCCGACUGGAAAUCACAGGGAGCAGCUGGAGCCUCGACUCGCAUGUGUCUUUCACAGAUUGUAAUUGGGGAAAAAUAAUCCAGGAUAGUCUGACGGGUAUUUUGGGAUUUCUCCAACAACCCCCUCCCUCCUCCUUACUGACCAUCUCGGACCACGGAUGCAGAGAGCAGCAGCGAUGCGGCGGCUCUGCUGUUAACUCGUUGGACCCUUUUCCCUCUGUUUUUGCCGGUUUUAUCUAAAGGAGGAAGAAUACAUCAAUAAUGAAGCUCAAACCGAACCAGACCAGGACAUACGAUGGCGAGGGCUUCAAGAAACGAGCAGCAUGUCUGUGCUUCAAGAAUGAACGUGAAGAAGAGGUUCUACUGGUCAGCAGCAGUCGGCACCCGGAGCAGUGGAUCGUCCCCGGAGGUGGGAUGGAGCCAGAGGAGGAGCCAUGCGGUGCAGCCGUGCGGGAGGUGUUUGAGGAGGCCGGUGUAAAGGGCAAGCUAGGACGUCUGCUCGGAGUAUUUGAGCAAAACCAAGAUCGGAAGCACCGGACAUACGUGUAUGUGUUGACUGUCACAGAAACACUAGAGGCCUGGGAAGACUCCGUAAACAUUGGCCGCAAGCGGGAGUGGUUUACCGUGGACGAGGCCAUCAAAGUGCUGCAGAGCCACAAACCCGUCCACGCCGAGUACCUGCGGAGGCUCCAGCUCAGCUGCUCCCCAACCAACGGAAACUCGAUCCUCCCAAGCCCUCCACCAAAUGACAACUACCCCCAUUACAGCGCUACCGCCACCACACCCUCGACGGGCAACGUGUUGGGCUCCUCUUGCAGAUAGGACUGCAACUAAACCUCGUGUCCUGUCAAGUUUGGACAGUUCACUGAAAGUCUGUACAGUCUUGCAUGAAUCAAAUGACUUUUCAGAGACAUGGCUCUCCUGUAUGUAUCAUUUCUAGUCUUAGUUCCAGGACAGACCAAAGCCAUCACCAGAACUGUGUGACAGAGCAGAAGUCUCUGACAGGAAAGCCUCGGAUAUCUCAAGAACAUUUUUCUUUUGCUGGCAAACACCAGACCGAUGAGCUGAAGCUUGGGGACGAGGAAGCUGCAGACUCGGCUGGGGUGAAUGACCUGGUGAAGGAAUGCCUUACAGUAACUUUGUAUGAAUGUUGUAUUUGGGUCGUCAGUCAUUUUUAUUUUAUUUUUAGCAGAAUGGAUAUGCUUUCUAGUCAAUAAAAGAGUAAUUGACCCCAAAGCAUGUCCACGUGGGGAAUGCCUUUCACUAGUCAACAACCCAUGAUGACAGCAGCAUAUAUCAUAUUCUAUAACAUGGAUCUCAUUUUUAAAAAGACACCGGAGCAUUGAUAUGUUUCAAGGAUCUCCUCUGUUGCAUUUUAAUGUUAAGUGGGAUUUUCUUUGCACCAUGUAAUCAUCGAUGAUUGACAUUUGUCUAAAAUUUAAGAAACUUGGCUUAUAAUGACAAAGCCAGCCCCAACAUCUCCUUUCAAGAAAUGGAUGAUUGCGUUAAAAUAGAAGAAGCUCAGUGAAAAUAUUUUACACAAUUAAUAAAAACAAAGUUCCAAAAGAACAAAAUUAAACUGAAAAGGCCAUCCCAGAAAUGGCUUGUGGUCCUAAAUGGCAGGGUCAAAGACAUACUAUCUCACUGGAUUGCACCAGCUGUCACUGAGUUGACGCCUCAGUUAACUGGCUUUGAGUCAUGUCGCUGCGUUCGAUAUCCUUUGACACAACACUGCUGUGUUCAUGGUUCCACUUUGACGUUACAACUCCACUAACCUUGACUGAUCCAACAAACGGGUCUGUUGACUGUUUAAAGCCACAAAUCUUUGUUACGGUUUCCCACGUUGUUAAUGGUGUAAAGGACAUCUUUGCCUUACGUAUUACGUGCUGCUAGGGUCAAUUGACUUAAUUUCAACUCUGCCAAUUAAAAAAGUGUAUUUUCUUUAAAUGAAAAUGAAUCAUGGUUGACUGCUCUUAAAAUAAUGUUUAGCAGUUUUAUCCUGUCUCAUGGUGCUGCAAGGCAAUUUGAUAAAAACGGACCACCAAAUGACGUCAUUUCCUUGUACGUUUUGAUUGUUUUUCCCAUCCCGUACUUGUAACCAAGAUUACUUGCGCCAUGGGCUGCAACUUACUAUUAAUUUCCCUCUGGAUUGUUGAUUAUUUUCUGGAUUCCUUUAUUAAUAGUUUGGUCUAUGAAAUGUCAAUUGUGAAAAACGUCCAUCACAGAUUUAACUGGUUAAAAAUAAAAAAUAAAGUGAAGUAGUUUUUAAUAUAAAUAAAUCAAAAUGUCUUAAUAUUUUUGUUUUUGCCUUCACAAAUGCAGUUUUGGAUGCAUAAUGGUGUCUAAGACGCAUACCAUGUAACAUCAGCGAUGUUUCCAGGUCAUCCUUGUCUUUCUCUCUGUUUCCUGUCUGCAUUGUCAACUAAAGGCAAAAACGUCCCUCAAAAAUAAUCUAAAUGAAUAAACAACUACAUUUUUAAUUAUGAAGACAAAAAGAAAAAGAAACAAUAGAUCCAAUUAGCAGUUAAAUUGUCACAUUUCAGAUGAUAAUUAUUUUCUCAUAUAACCAUUCUUAACGAAAAGAGACACCCACUCCCUCCUGUGUUGACAGCUGAAUGAGGACUCGUAACCAUGCAGAUUUGUAAAUAGAUUUGAAGAGAAACAUUGAACAUGUGUUUUUAACCUGAAUGUAACUGUAAAAUGUAUCCAUAUAUUUUAUAUAUUUUUUUAACAAUGUAUAAAUGGCUAAACAAAACCCCAAUGAGAACGGUAUGUACAGUAUAUUUGUAUCAAGGACAAUGUGCCAAGGGUUUAGGAUAUGAAGGUUGGUUGGUAUGAAAUAGAGAUGGUUAAAUGAAUGCAUUUUGAAUCAUGAUCUGGUGACAUCAAUGUUUGUCCAAACAGAAUAAGACUAUCUAGAUUGGCAAAAAAAAUAAAAAAUGAUAUACUGGAUCUUUAAAAGUUUAGAGAUUUUGGGUAAACUAAAUGCAUUUUCUUUUUUACAAAAUAUAUAGCAUCUUGCUAAUCAACUUGUGUGUGUCACAUACAUAAUGAGUGUAGACAUUUUGAUCAAAUUUGGGGGAGGGGGAAUGUUUUGGAAGCUUUGGUAAGACAGUGGAAAAUAGUUUGUCAUAAACUUUCACAGACAAAUGUUUAUUUUGUUGUUUAUUCCAAUUGUUCUGAAGGAGUCAAAUAUCUCUUCUAAUAACUUUUUAUGUCAACCAGACUCAUGCUCCAAAGCUUAGCUCUCCCUUCACCUUCCCCAGAGUCAUGGCUUCAUUAUGAAAUUGUAUCUGCAGUAAACUCUGAUACACCAGUUCAUCUAUAAACUUUCAGCCUUGUUUGAUUGUUGAAAAAAGGACUCCAACCACCUAAAACCUCUGAGUGUGCGUGUCUGUAUAGUGGGUUGAUGGAUGUGAAAUAUGAUGUGCCAAAUUUAAAAUGUGUCGGUGUUCAGGCGGGAUUUAUUUAGAAUGUUUUACAUAAUUUUAGGCCAACCUUUAUGGGAAAAAAAAAUAGUGUUCUUAAACAUUGUUUGAUAAACUUAAUGGGUUUCUGAAAAUAAUCAUUUAUAAUGUGAAAAAAGUGUGUUUUUUAGAUUGACUGCAUCCGUCAUUCUUAUAAGUAUGAUUAAUGAAACACAGCCAGUUAUCCUUUUGACAUAAUACUGUUUUUAAAAUCCACUUGUCAUGUAACUGAGCAUAUACUGUACAACUACCCCUGACUACAAUCAAAAUAACAUCAAUUUAACAUAAAUCCAUUCAUCUUGAUGUGUUGCAGCUCAGUGGCCACCUGAAACACCUUCUUCCUCCAUUUUUUGAAACUUUUGUUUAAGGCCUGGCUCUAUGUUGAUCUGUAGAUGCUCCUUUUACGAGUAAAGCAUGACAAUAAGGAUAAGAAUCCCACAAAUGAAGUGUGUAAGACAUCCUGGACACGAGCAUCCACUAAACGAUCGGGGGAUGUAGACAGCCUGAUUGUCUGCUGAACACAUUGUAAUGUCACAUGGAUGUAUCCAGAGCAUUUUACUCAAAGCAAACUAAACAUUUCUCACCGUUUUCUCAUUAAUAUUAGACACAGAAAAGUUUAACGUGAAAGGGAUUUGAAGACGUGGUGUGGAAAGACAUGUUUUUGAGAAAAGAUUGCAUUAAAGGG